AUGUCUUCCCCAAAUGCGGCACCAGCGACACCUCGCGUGAUAUCACCGACCCCUUCUGUAUCGGAUCCAUCAGAAACACGUGAUGGAUAUUAUGCGCCAGUAACACGGUCUGCAGCACGUCGCCAGCGUCAGCCGGAAGCCUCAGGAGAAAGCUCGAGUUCAGCGCGAACAUCAAGAUCCCCCACAUCACCCUCGGCGCGCAACCGCCGAUCAAACCCCAAGAUACCCGCCUCGCCGCCGCACUCGGCAAACGGCACUGCCUCAAAAGAUUAUCUGUCCCCAUCAAGCAUCCCAGAUGCCCUACGCGACUUGUCACGGUCACCAUCUCCACUCGGGCUGAUUCCCCUCCACUCUCGCUACCGCAGCUUCAUCCACCGCCAUGAAAUCCCGCGCAAGCUCUUGCAUGUGUCAAUUGGGUUCUUGACUUUGUCGCUAUACACCAAGGGUGUGCAAAGCCUACAAAUUACUCCAGUACUAUUCACUGCCUUGGUGCCUAUUGCGGCAACGGACUUGAUUCGCCACCGGUCCGAGAAGUUCAAUAAGUUCUACAUUCGAUGCAUGGGCGCCCUCAUGCGCGAAACUGAGGUCACCGGCUACAAUGGCGUCAUCUGGUACCUCCUCGGAGCGUAUGUUGUCCUCCGAUUCUUCCCCAAGGAUGUCGGUGUUAUGGGCGUGCUACUCCUUAGCUGGUGUGACACCGCCGCCUCAACAUUCGGUCGUUUGUGGGGCCGCUACACCCCCCGUCUGCGGCCCGGCAAGAGCUUGGCUGGUACCCUGGCCGCUUGGUUCGUGGGUGUUGCUACCGCCGCUGCAUUCUGGGGCUGGUUUGUGCCUUACAUCGGUACUUUCCCCAAUGACCCGGAAGACGCCUUUAUGUUCACAGGGCGCUUGAAUCUGCUCCCGAAUUGUGUUCGCGGUCUUCUGGGCUGGGAGCCUAGUGACUCUGCCGUCAUCACUGGUCCUUUGGCUCUGGGCGUCAUGAGCGUCGUCUCUGGCAUUGUCGCCGCUGGCAGCGAGUUCAUCGAUAUCUGGGGCUGGGAUGACAACCUGACCAUCCCCGUCCUGAGUGGAGUUGGCCUCUGGGGAUUCCUCAAGGUCUUUGGGUAG